CGUCUCGCACUUCCCAGCAACGCUGCCUCCUGCCCAUUUCUGCUCCCUUGUCCUUCCGCGGAUACAGCUUUUCUUGCUUGCGGUCCAGCAGCAGGAGAGGGAUUGGGAGACAAACUUUGCAACCACUGAAGCGGGCAGCCCGCAUGGAGUCGUCGGAAGGCACUCUGCUACCCCCCAUUAAGGGAACCGGGUCUGCUCCUAUUCCCCCAGCCCGCCCAUGGAGACCAAGAUCGGCUCGAACAGCACCGUCCCCUAGUGGUAAAAUAAAGUGGGAUCCUUAUGAGUCGACAACGAAACACGAUUUUGUCUUUAAUCCAGCAACAGAACUCAAUGCGGACUGUGCCGGAGCAGGGACAGGACAUGUCAUUCCCUUCCAAGUGAAUGAACCAACUGGGAGGAAUACCUACCAAGAUGAGUUCUAUUGGAAGCCUUUUUCCAAGGCAGAACCUAUAAGGUGCGAGUCUAUAUCUAGAGGGAGAAGAAACAAUCCUCAGUCUGGAGAACGUUUCUUGUUUUGGAGAAUGCCCCAAGAAGAAACUCCAUUAUCUACAGACAGUAUAUCACCUUGGACCAAACCUAUUUCUAUACAGGAUGUUGAAGAAACCAUAAAAAAGCAGUACCGAACAGUAUAUACUGAAGAUUAUUUAGGGAUACAACCAGGUACGCCAAAAGAGUCAAUUGCUUCUGCUCCACCAGACUGGAAAAGUUUAGCCCCGCAUCCUCCAGAUACUGAGUUCAGGCGUCAUUACCAGCCACAAGUCCAGGCCCCUGACUUAAAGGACUUCACUUGGAAAUACGGAUGCAAUGCAAAUCGCCGUAUUCCAGUGAGAGGUGUUGUUCCUUCAGUGUCGUUUGUUCAGAUCAGGAACCAAGAAAAAGCUAAACACUUGUCUACAUAUCAAAACGAUUUUGGGAAAGAAUAUCAGGAUAUCGUAUCAGUUUUGAAUUCUCUGGACCCAGAAGAAGUUAAGGCCUAUGUGGAAAGAGCUCCUAAUCCUGAAAAAAUCAUCCUUCAGAACUUUCUUGACAAAGUCAAUUGGAACAAGAAAGCAGAAAGACCUUCUUCCUCAAAGAAGCCAAGAGAUCAUUCCUGAAAUUCAUGUGAAAAAUUUACCAGUAUUCAAAGAACCUGUAUAACAAUUGAAUGCCUUUGUGGUCACUCUUUAUAUUAAACUAUCUGAAAACCUAUGCCCAUUUUUUUUAUAUACUUGAGGGCAUCUUCUGAAAUUUUAAUACGGCUAGUACCACCACGUCACUAAAUCUGGAAAUUCAGAAUGCUUUUGGGAACAUUCAGUCACAGAAGGUAUAGUAUGAAUCUCUGUACCCAAUCCCAGUUUUGCAGAGGAUUAUUAUUAUCUCCUUGUUAAACAACUGUUGCAAUUUUGAGAUAGUUAUUGAAUAGGCAUUAGUUUUGAAAAAUAAAAUUAAGUAUAUUCCGAUUUUUAUUGUGCUGCAAUGUCAAAUGAGUUUCUGGAUAUCACAUUUUAAUUCCUGAAAUUCUCACCUUUAACCCAGUGCUUCUUUAUUUUAUUUUUUCCACUCUAGUUGAAUAAGGGUCUGAGCCUUUUCCAUAUGGCUUAGAUUUGCUGCUUUGUACAUUGCUCCAUUUAGAAACAAAAACCAAAUACGCCCACUGCUUGUGAGCAAAUGUUUUCACCAUAGAUGCUGAAGUUUUCCACAUCAACAGUACAGUCCUGUACUGAGUUAUGUAAGUCUACCCGUCUGUUAAUUUCAGUGGAUUUAGACUAAAGUAACUCUGCAUAGGAUUGGUCUGAAAAUCAACCUAGUACUCAUCUAUAAGCAAGUUAACCACAUGUCUGAGAUCAUUAAAAUAGUAACAAGGGAAGGUUUGCUUAGAAGUCUGAUGCCAGCAGCUGUGAGUCGACUGUGCAAUGAAUCAGAGACAAUCACUGACAAAUGAUAGUAGGAGUUAAUGAUAGAAAUAUGCAUAAAUAAAGAUUUGAUUAUAUGAUUAAUAUCAGAAGGGUAGCAGGUGGGUUGACACUGAUGAUUGCUUUAUUUUUAAAUAUAAAACUAUACGCUUGCAUGUAAGUGAGAAGAGAAUUAUUUUUUCCAAAUUCUUGAUUUUGCAUAAAGUGGAGGUGAGACAGGAAUAUUGGUGCAUAGGGGAAGUAUUAUAUGUUGCAGGGGGAAAUUAAGUUGAUUCUCAAAUAUAUGAAAAGCCUAAAACAGACAAAUGUAAAACAAAUGUAUGUGUGCGUGUGUGCCAUCAAGACACAAUCAACUUACGGUGGUGACCCCAUAGGGUUUUCAAGGCAAGAGAUGUUCAAAAGUGGUUUGCCACUGACUACUUUUGCAAGGGCUGGGAGAAUUCUGAGAGAAUUAUGACUGACCUAAGGUCACCCAGCAGGCUUCAUGUGAAGGAGUGGGGAAACACUUGUACAGAAUAAAAUUUUUGCUCCAUUUACUACCUGCAUUGAUAGAAUUUUGGCCCUUUCCCCACUUACCUUUGACCACACUUUGCUGCGUGCUGCUCUCAGUGCACGGCAUCUCUGGCGCAU